UUGAGAAGGAAGAUGGAGAGAAAUAGUUCAGAGAUUGAGCUGCCUGGAUUCAGAUUCCACCCAACAGAAGAAGAACUACUCAAUUUCUAUCUCCGGCGAGCCGCCGUCGGAAAGAAGUUCAACUUUGACAUAAUCGCCACGGUCAAUCUCUAUCUGUACGAUCCAUGGGAUCUCCCAGCGAUGGCGAAGAUGGGAGAGAGGGAAUGGUAUUUUUUUGUGCCUAGGGAUCGGAGGCAGGGUAGUGGGGGCCGGCCGAAUAGGACCACGGAGAGAGGGUUUUGGAAGGCGACGGGAUCGGACCGCCAUAUUCGGAGCUCUACGGAUCCGAGAAGGCUUAUUGGGUUGAAGAAGACUCUGGUUUAUUAUGGAGGUCGAGCGCCGCGCGGUACUAAGACGGAUUGGAUUAUGAAUGAGUAUCGUCUUCCUGAUGCCUCCAAUUCCUUUGGUUCUGUAUCUCCGAUGCCUAAGGAAGACAUAGUUCUAUGCAAAGUCUACAGGAAAGCCACUCCACUAAGAGAGUUAGAACAGAGGGCAGCCAUGGAAGAAGAAAGCCGUGCAUACAUGGCAGAUACCUCCUCAAAUUCCUCAGGCCAUGAAACCUUACAAAAUUUUACGGCUGAUAAAUUUACCGAAGAGAUGAAGGAGGAGCAAGAAGUGCCAGUGGACGCGGGAGAGGUCUCCUCUUUGCCGGAGUUGACGAUGAAGAUACCAGAGCCGGCAACUGGCCGGCAGCUCCCAAGCUUGCCGGAGCUUCAGGUUCCAAGCCAUGGAAGCUUUGACUGGUCUCAAGACCCUUUCAUUAACCAGCUAAGAAGCCCUUGGCUUGAGCAGUGGUCUCCUUUAUAUGCUCAAAUGCUUAAUUUUUGA